GAAAUCUGUUUAGUGGCUUGGUCGCAUGCAGCCCAGCAAAGAUAGUUCAGUAUCUCCAAUCCUCCGAGCAAAGCUGGUGUCUUAGAGCAAAGAUACCGACUUCAAUCAGAAAUAUAAUAUCGUUUAGAGUGGAACUAUCGAGUGCGGAUUGAUCUUACCGACGCGUGCAUCUAUUAAUAGCGUGACCUUUAGCUUCGAUGCCGGAAAACUCGUAGAUCUCAGAUACUCCAGUGCAAUAUUUUUUUCAAAUUUUCAUCUAAUUGAACCAUCAGCCUCUUAUCAGCCGGAUAGGUGUCGACUUUGCUGUAAAGUAACAUUAAAAUUGAAUCAAAUCGGAAGCGUGUAAUGAAGUGUGUAGUGUAGAUUGUGAUUGGAAAUUACUCUAGAUAAAAAAGUAUCUAAAUCGUGGGUGGUGUUUUGUGAUUGACAAUGCAGGUCGUUCACUGGGUCAGCAACUAUUUUAACUUGCCAUGGAACAAGCGGCGACAAAUAACUAGACAGCACGGGCGUCGGUGGCCUUCACCUCAAUCCCCCGAUGCACCCGAAGUAAUUGAUAUCAAAUACAUCGACUUCUGCCUAGAACCGAACCGAACCUAUCAUCAUACAGAAAAAUUCGACAUAGCAUCCUCAAAUUUAGUCAUUCGACGAGGACAUUCAUUUCGAUUGAAACUACACUUUAAUAGAACCUAUAACAUAGACAAGGAUGCGGUCAGUUUCAUUUUCACAGUUGAGGGUAACGAGAAACCAAAUCAUGGCAAUGGAACUUUGGUUGCCCUUGUCCCUAUAGAAAACAAUCAGGAGUUCGAUGAUCCCUUCAUCUGGACCGCUAAGAUCGAAUCGAUUGAAGGAGACGUGAUGAGUGUGCUGAUUAAGCCUUCUGCAACAUGUCCAGUGACCAAGUGGAAGUUAGAUGUUGAUACAAAAUUAAUCAAUGGCCUCUCGAAAACGUAUCCUGUAACGGAAAAGAUUUAUGUUCUUUUCAAUCCAUGGUGUGUGCAUGAUCAGGUCUUCAUGUUAGACGAAAAUGAACGAAAUGAAUAUGUCCUGGGAGACACUACCUUAAUAUGGCGUGGCUCACACAACAGGCUUCGACCAACCGUUUGGAAGCUGGGUCAAUUCGACCACAAUGUCCUAGACUGUGCCCUUAUGAUUAUUGCGGAUUUUGGAAAGGUUUCGGCACCCUACCGAGCAGAUCCAGUCCGCACGUGCCGAGCUCUAUCUGCCGCAGUCAAUUCUGUUGAUGAAAUGGGAGUCGUUUUAGGAAAUUGGACAGAUGAUUUCGGAGGCGGCACUGCUCCAACUAAAUGGAUUGGAUCAACAGAAAUUUUGCAGCAGUUCUUCAACACUCGAAAACCAGUGAAAUAUGGACAAUGUUGGGUAUUUUCAGGCGUUUUAACCACAGUCGCCCGUGCUUUAGGCAUCCCAUCAAGAAUUAUCACCAACUAUUCCUCAGCUCAUGACACCCAAGCCUCGCUUACAGUUGAUUACUUCGUUGAUGAAAAGGGUAAUGUCCUGGAAGACAUGAACACAGAUUCAAUUUGGAACUAUCAUGUUUGGAAUGAAGUCUGGAUGCAGCGUCCCGACUUGGGAGUAGGCCAGCAUGGAAGCUAUGAUGGAUGGCAAGUAGUCGAUGCAACCCCACAAGAACAAUCCGAUGGCAUGUACAGAUGUGGACCGACCUCAGUUCAUUCUGUGAAACUGGGAGAAAUUUUGCGCCCAUAUGAUUGUAAUUUCGUCUAUUCGGAAGUAAAUGCCGAUAAAGUAUUUUGGAGAUACUCUGGGGAAGAUCGUCCAAUGAAAAUGCUUCGUAAGGACACUCUUGGAAUUGGCACUUUGAUGAGUACGAAAGCUUUAGGCAAAUGGGAACGCGAGGAUAUUACACACACUUAUAAAUUCGAGGAGAAAACCAGAAAGGAGCGAGAUAUUAUGAUUAGGGCACUUCAACAAGCAACUAACGCAUUCAGUAGAUAUUAUUUGAACGAGAGUUUCAACGAUAUUUCCUUCGAACUCAGUGUUAAAAACGAUGUUAAAAUCGGAGAACCGUUUAACCCAGAGGUUAUUAUCAAAAAUGUAUCCAAGGAACAGACAUACCAAGUAUCAGGAAAUCUAAAUGUUCAAGCAAUUUUGUACACUGGCACCAAGAGGCAGACAGUUAAAUCGAUUGGCUUUGAAGUCGAAGUGAGUCCUGAAUCGGAGAAGGUUGUGAACAUGGAAGUUACAUUCAAUGAAUACUUUUCAAAGCUCAAGGACCAGGAAGCUUUUAUGGUCUCUUGCAUGGCAACGGUCAAGGAGACCAACUUUGAAUUCUUCGAGCAAGAUGAUUUCCGUCUACGAAAACCAGAUAUCGAGAUUACCUUCCAAGGGGAGCUAGCUUUGGAUAACAUGGUUGAUGUUAUUGUUCGGCUGACAAAUCCUCUUCCGAUUCCAAUCCAUAAGGGUAUCUUCCACAUCGAAGGAGCCGGUAUUGACACUCCACUAUUAUUUAAGAUUUCGGAAAUCCCAGUUGGCGGUACGGCAGCAUCCACAUUUAAAUACAGACCACCAUAUGUCGGUCAGGGAACUUUAAUUGCAAAAUUCACAUCGCUGCAAUUACAGGAUGUGGAUGGUUUUGUUGUGUAUGAAAUCCCGGCAGCUAAUGUUGAAGAGAUUAGCAAUGAUAUAUAAAAUAAGUGUUAACUUUUUACUUUUACUAACCAUCGCCAUAUUGAGAAGUAAGAUAUGUAUCCAUUGUAACAUUAUUCCAAAUCAUUUACUUAAAUUUAAAAUAAUUUAAUAAAGUUACCAUAUAACAACAUAUAACUGAGAAAA